ACACUUGAACACUCGAAAGUCAGAAGCAAGAAGUCCUCUCUUUUGUCUGUCCUAUCUCCUGGACCGCUCGUCUUCCAGGUCGCUGCGUCAGCUCGUUGGUUCGAUUGCAUGGCGGGAACUCACUCCAUCAUCUUUCUCGUCACCGGCCUCGCGAUGGUGUUCGUCGUCCACGUUCUCGUGGUCAUCUGGGCGCUAAAGUGGGGAUUUCGCGCGCGCACCUCCCGCGUCGGGGAGAACGCGGUGGAAGGCGGCGGUGGGGCCGGUCUGUCCGCCGAGGAGGUGGGCGAUCUACCGUGCCACGAGUUCAAGGAGGGAGCCAGCGCCGGCGCCGGCGAGUGCGCGGUGUGCCUGGAGGUGUUCCAAGCGGGCGAGCGGCGCAGGGUGCUGCCGAGGUGCGGGCACGGCUUCCACGCCGAGUGCGUGGAUUCGUGGCUGCGCAAGAACCGCCGGUGCCCCAUCUGCCGCGCCGAGGUGGUGGCCGGGCACGGCAAGAACGCCAGCGCGGUGACGGAGGCCGCCACUUUGGAGAUCGUUACCGUGGAAAGAUAGGCAGCGUUUGCCAUGUCACGAGUUGCAGCUGGCGUUUAGAGCUGCAUGUUUGGUGUUGGGUUUGCCUUCCCUAAUGCUUGCUGCUUUUGCAUGCAUGCUGUACAGUUGUAACGAUGUAAACAGUGGACGCGUCUACAUCCAUUUGGGCAUGUUUGGAUGUUACAGUAUAUAGAAACCACAGUUUUUAAAAA